AUGGACGUCAACAUGCGAGACGCAAACCGUAGAGGUAGUGGACGCAAGAAUGGACCCGCAAACUCCCGCGCUACUCGUCGCAGUGAUCCAUAUGCUCGCGACUCUCGAGUGCGACCCAACGCCCCUAUCGCCCAGGCUCAAGAAUCCAGCCAAGCUCAACCUCAGGCCCAGUCAGGCAUAUCUUAUCCUCCCCCUGAGCUCAGCAUUCGCGGUUCUAGCGGACCCACUUGGAUCAUCGUUUCAAACCUCGUCGUUGGUACAUCGAACGAAGAUGUUCGUCUCACCUUCAGCGCUUUUGGUCGUGUUGAUGAAGUCAAACAGCGACCUCGUCCGUCGGCCAACCAUCCCACGGUAUCGUUCGAAGUAGCCUUCGAUCGUCGAGAAGACGCCGAAAUGGCAGUGGACAAAUUCAACGGAGCUCUUGCCGACGGAAGAAUCCUACAAGUUUCAAUCAAGAAAGCGGAAGUGCCUCGGGAUGCUUAUAGCCAAUUCAACCGGGCUACUGCACAAGCAGCUGCACAGAGACCAAGAGAAAAGGGAGGGGCUAAUUUGAUCCCAGCUCCUACUCCUUUACCUUAUACACCUACUCCUGCGCCUGCGGCAGCGGCGGCUAUUCCCACUGGUCCUGCUAGUAUGCGUUCUCGUGCUAGAACAGCCGGUCUUGUUGAACCCAGUGCUAAAAAGUCUAACGGUGCCACUUCUCAAAAGGCCACCGCUGCUGGCAACAACAGGCAGCAACCAAGCAAAGCAGCCAUUCCCACAGGACCCAAAAAAAUGCUCGUCGCACAGCAAGCCGCUGCACCAACAGCUCCCAAACCUAAACCUUUGGCACAACGCAUCCCAGAACCACUGGCAAACCGUCUUCUCACCCCAGCUCAAGCACAGAAACUUCGAGCAGAAGAAGCGAAGAAAAAAGCUCAACAGGAGCAAAGAGCUAAAGCUAUUGCUGCAACAGGCAAAAACACCGUUUUGGGUAAAAGGUUGGCUGGUUUGCCACUGGCACAACGAUUGACGCAGCAGGCGGGAACUCCAAAGUCGGAUCAAACAGCAAUCAAGGCUGCAGCAGAGAAGAAGAAGCGAAAGAAGGAAUUGGUUAGGGCGAAGAAGGCUGAACAGCCAAACAAGCUUGGUAGUUCGGCUGCCAUGGAACUUGAUGGUUGA